AUGGGUAUUAAAACAGUUGCCAUUUAUUCGGACGCGGAUGCACGGAGUUUGCACGUCCAAAUGGCCGAUGAGGCCUUCAACGUGGGACCUCCACCUACAAAUCAAAGUUAUCUCAGCAUCCCAAAUAUCCUCGAAGCGAUAAAAUCAACUGGUGCACAAGCCGUACAUCCAGGUUAUGGAUUUCUAUCAGAAAAUUCGACAUUCGUGAAAGCAUUGGACGAGGCAGGCGUGACUUUUAUAGGACCUGGCGAAUCAGCAAUGGCAGACUUAGGUGACAAGAUUCAAAGCAAGAUUAUUGCCAAGACUUCUGGUGUUAACACCAUUCCCGGUUACGACGGAGUCAUCAAGGACACUGAUCACGCAUUGGAAAUCGCCAAAUCAAUCGGAUAUCCUGUUAUGCUGAAAGCUUCCGCGGGAGGUGGUGGUAAGGGUAUGCGCAUUGCAUGGAAUGAUCAAGAAGUCAUUGAUGGCUUUAAGAUCGCAUCUCAAGAAUCACUGUCAAGUUUCGGUGACGACCGUAUACUGAUCGAAAAAUAUAUUGAUAAUCCGCGUCACAUCGAAAUUCAGCUUAUCGCCGAUAAAUUUGGGAAUGUAUUGUACCUCCCUGAACGAGAAUGUUCAAUUCAGAGAAGAAAUCAGAAGGUCAAAACGGUCAUUGAAGAAGCGCCAAGUGUGCAUCUGGACCCACCUACACGUAAAGCCAUGGGUGAACAAGCCGUAGCCUUAGCUAAGCAUGUCGGUUACGUAUCCGCCGGGACAGUCGAAUUUUUAGUAGAUUCUCAGCUUAACUUCUAUUUUCUGGAAAUGAACACACGUCUACAAGUCGAACAUCCAAUCACAGAAUAUAUCACAGGAUUAGAUUUAGUUGAACAAAUGAUUCGUAUAGCAGCCAAUCAAAAAUUAGCUUUCACUCAGGACGAUCUCAAGAUCAAUGGAUGGGCCAUAGAAUCACGUGUGUACGCUGAGGAUCCUAAGAAAUACCUGCCAUCAACUGGGAAUCUGAGCAGAUACAUAGAACCAGUUAGUCAAACUGAUAAAAAGGAGGUUCGCUGUGAUUCUGGAAUUGUCGAAGGGAGUGAAAUCAGUAUAUAUUAUGAUCCUCUAAUUUGUAAACUUUCCACCUACGGCGAAACAAGAGAUGAAGCGAUUCAAGUAAUGUUGAGGGCCUUGGACUCUUAUGUUAUUAAAGGAGUCACACAUAACAUCCCACUAUUACGUGAUGUGAUUGGGAGUAAAAGAUUUGGUUCUGGCAAGAUAUCCACAAAGUUCCUCGCAGAAGAGUAUCCGGAAGGGUUUCAAGGAGUUAAACUCGAUGAACAAUCAUUACAUGAACUGGUUUCCAUCGCCGCAUUAGUUCAUGCCAAAAGGGAUUUAAGAAAUUGGAAUUGGGGUACCGGAAAAGAAGCGUUAUUUAAGGGGGACCUGAAUGAGAAGGUGCCAAACAAAUGGAAUCUUUACGUGACUUUCAAUAAGGAACUCCCACCAGUUAACGUAAAGAUAGAGAAAAAGGGAAAGGGUCAGAAUAAUGAAGAUGAAUUUCAGGUUAUAACAGAGAACGGUCAUGAAAGUAUAAUAUCGGCUCAAUGGUUGUUAGAAUCACCAUUAAUAAACGUAUAUAUCCAAGGUGUCGAUUGUGAGAGUAAAUCCAUAACCGCACAAUAUUUGGACGCUUUACCACUUGGUUUCUGGCUUCAAUACCUUGGAUCGAAAUUUCAAGUCACAGUCCACAAUGAAAGGCAACAUGAAUUGAGCAAAUAUAUGAUUGAAAAACCGAAACCAGAUCUAUCCAAAUCGAUUUUAAGUCCAAUGCCAGGUAGUGUUGUAAGCUUGGGAGUUAAAGUUGGAGAUUUGGUCAGCGAGGGUGCUGAAAUUGCCGUGGUAGAAGCCAUGAAAAUGCAAAAUGUAUUACGCGCGACGCGUGUUGGUAAGGUGAAAAAGAUAAAUGUUAAACCAGGUGACGCCGUAGCUGCAGAUGAAGUCUUGGUAGAAUUUGACGAUAGCGAAAAAAAAGAAUAG